AUGAACACUUGUAUUCAAAUAAGACGAAACGAUAUGCUUAUACAUCUUUUAAAUUUACUUGAUAACCAAAUUUUUAACGCAUUUGAACUUCUUCAAACGAUGACUUAUUCUCAAGAAGAACAUAAAGGAAAAAUAUUUUCUACCUAUUUACAAAAAAAGCAUAAUCGGCGUUUAAAAAAAAGACAUAGGUCUUUUCGUUCACUUUCUGUAAAAGUAGCAAGAGCUAAACAAUUUAAAAAAAAAAUAUUUCAAAAAUUAG